ACUGCUGAGCCCUGCAAAACCAAAAACCCUUUCACUCACUCACUCACUGUCUUGCAAAACCCUCAGCUCUCAGCCAUUUCCCGAAAUGCCCCCGCCGCUGGACAUGUCGCUCGACGAUCUCAUAUGGAGGCGCAAGGCGAAGAAGUCGGAAGCCGGAGGGCAUCGCCGUGAUUUCAGAGUCCCCCCAGGCGGCCGAGGCUCCGCGCCGGGACCCACUCGUCAGCUCGUGAAACGCAACCCCGUUAGAACGGCGCCCUACUUUCCUAAACCGAAAAUGCAAGUUCCAAGAUCCAGAUUUGAGCAAGAAAUGGAUGUGACCAUGGGGACAAACUCAGAGAAGGGAACCAAAUUAUACAUAUCUAACUUGGAUUAUGAGGUUUCGAAUAGCGAUAUUGAGUUGCUCUUCUCUGAUAUUGGUCAUGUGAUACACCAUUCAAUCCAUUAUGAUAGGAGUGGAAGAUCAAAGGGAACGGCGGAAGUUAGAUAUCUACACCAUUCAGAUGCUCUAACAGCAAUCAAGAAAUAUAACGAUGUUCAGCUUGAUGGAAAGCCAAUGAAAAUUGAGCUUGUGGGAGUGAGUCCUGUUGCUCCUGUUCCUGUGCCUCCAAUUACAAGUAGAUUGAUGGGAAAACCAAACGUUGUCUUCCAAAGUGGACGAGGUCAAGCUGGUGGUAGGGGAUUCUUUCAUGGUCGUGGUACCGGUGGCUUUGGACUUGGAAGGGGCCAUGGACGGGUGAAGCAGCCUCGUGAGCAGGUGAAGCCGACUCGUGAGAAAGUGACUUUUGAAGAUCUGGAUGCAGACUUGGAGAACUACCGCCAAAAACGCUUGCUGGUGAAUUGAAGUCACAUUUGAAAUGUACACACUGGUACUUUAAUUUUACACUGGAAGUGGUAAGUUCCAUUUUGUGCUCCAUGCUAAGAGAGUUGCAGCUGCAUAAAGAAAAAUGUGUACAAUGCCACCCCUUUUGGUUUUAUAUAUGAACAUCAGAGAUAAAUUUCUUGGCCGGCA